AUGGGAACUGUGUUGACGACUAUCACGGCGAACGACGUGGACAGUUCGCCGGCGUUAACGUAUCGAUUCGGCAACGUGACCAAUCCGGGACCCUUCAGCAUCGACCGAUACGGCGGCAAGGUUGUUCUGCGGAAACGUCUGGACGCCGAGACGCGUUCCGAGUACACUCUUCAGGUGAUCGCCAGCGACGGAAUUCACGAGGCGACGACCGAUCUCACCGUUCGUGUGACCGAUCUCAACGACAACGCGCCGCGAUUCGAGCAGGCUGUCUACGUGGCUGUCCUUUCGGAAGGGCAAGGCAAGCAGGAAAUUCUGACGGUAAACGCUACGGACGACGACCUUUCGGAGGAGAACAGUCGAGUGCGAUAUUAUCUGCUGCGUCCCGUGAAGGGAUUUUCGGUGGAUCCCGUGACCGGCGUUCUGACUGUUAAUCGCACAGCGAUACCCAGGCCGAUACCGAAGGAGAUGGACUUGGCGAUCGUCGCGGAGGACUACGGCAAGCCCCCGGUGUCGUCGGUGUGCUCGGUGGUCGUACGAUUUAGCAGUUUAAAGAGCACCCUACCUGGACCGGAGUAUAAGAUCAUGGUGAAGGAAAAUUUGCCGAAGGGUACGACGCUGUUGAAGCUUUCCGACGUGGACCUGCUGGGUGGCGGCAUCAUUGCGGGCGACGAUAGAACGUUUGAGAUAUCCAGAGAUCGGCUGGUUCUCUCGAGAACGCUCGAUCGCGAGAUGAGAGACAGGUACAUGCUGCAAUUGGGCAGCAAGAUCGAAAACACGACGACAGGCUCGCUGUUGGGAGACGAGCCAAUAAUAGUAACUAUUAUCGUGGAGGAUGUCAACGACAAUUAUCCGCAUUUCCUGGAAGAGCUCCAUCAAGUAUCCAUCAAGGAAGACGCUCCACGUGGAACGACCGUUGAUGUCCUGCACGCCAAGGACGACGACUUGGCUAACAGCCCGGCGGCCACGUUGGUGUACGACAUCACUUCGGGAAAUGACGGCGGUCUCUUCCGCGUCGAGAAGAUGACCGGCGCGGUCUUGGUGAACUCCACGCUCGACUGCGAUCUCGAGCCCGAGGUCUACAAUCUCGUGGUGAUGGUCUGCGACAGCGAUCCGAUUUUGCCUCUCUGUGCGCUCGCCAGACUUCGCGUUCAUCUGGAAGACGUGAACGACAAUUCGCCCAAGUUCCCGGUUUCCGAGUAUCUUGAGUUUGUCGGUGAGAACGAGCCGAUCGGCACGACUGUUUUCUCUGCGCGUGCCUCGGAUCUGGAUCGCGGCAUCUUUGGAUCGUUGAACUACUCCAUUGUGUCCGCCGCCGCCAGCGGAUUCUCCGAUAUUGACGACAGUUGGAAGCUGUUCGCGGUCGACGAAUCGGGUACCGUCAUCACUCGCACCGUAUUCGAUUACGAGCAACGGAAUCGGUACGCUUUUACAUUGCGCGCCACGGACGCGGGCGACCGUACCGCGGCGGUGCGUGUCAGAGUGGAGAUUGACUCGAGAGACGAAUUCCAUCCACAGUUCACCGAAAAGAUGUACCGAUUCGGAAUAAGGAGCAGAGCUCAAAUGUUGCCUGGCAUGGUAAUUGGUCACGUGACGGCGACCGAUCGCGACAAGGGGCCCGAUGGCCGGGUCGUGUAUCAGUUAACAUCUCAGCAUUCUUAUCUUAAAUUGAAUCGCACGACCGGUGCGUUGAUCGUGAAACAGAAAUAUAUACACAACGAAUUGUUCAGAUUAGUGAUCAACGCGAGUUCCGGUAGGCAGGGUUCUCUGUCUAACCGGACGGUGGUGGAAAUUACGCCGAUGGACGAUAACGAGCUGAACGGAGCUAGAGGAGCUACCGCUCUAGCGACGCCGACGGACAUUGGUUCGAAUAUGGCCGUGGCCACUUCGGGUGGCUUGGCUGAUUGGGUCCUGGGUCUGCUGAUCGCUCUUCUUCUUCUCAUUCUCGCGUUUGGUGCCAUCUUUCUCUACCUUCACAUUCGUAAUCGCCGUCACAAAAAGCCCGGCACGAAACCAGGUCUGAACGGCGAGAGCAACGCUACCGCGUCAAAUAGCUACGUGGACCCGAGCGCGUUUGAUACGAUCCCAAUCAGAAGCGUGACCGGAGUCGGAGCGAGCGGAAACGGUAGUUCCGCAAGUGCCGGGGGAGCGGGUGGCGGCACGUCUUGCCAGUUUGCCCCUCCGAAGUACGACGAAAUACCUCCUUAUGGAACAUCCAGUCAAUCUGGGCAGCAGCAAGCUACGUCCGAGCUUUCCGGAAGCGAUCAAUCGGGUUCUUCCGGCAGAGGCUCCGCCGAGGACGAUGGAGACGACGAGGAGAUCAGAAUGAUCAACGAGGGCCAGCAGACUGGUGAUUCCGCGAGCGACCUUUCGGUUCACAAUACUCAGGAAUAUUUAGCUAGAUUGGGCAUCGUGGAUCCUCCAGCUGGCACACCUAGGAGACCUCCCGAGGCUCUGCCCCUGGACAGUUUGCAUCUGUUUGAGGAUGAAGCGAGCACCGAGGCGGAUAUAGCGACGUUGAUCUAUGGUAAGAUUGGGGAACCCGGACGAGCCACUUCUGGUUUGGAAGUACCAGGUGGACCGUCAAUGAAUGGUUCUUUGAGCUCAAUCGUGCACAGCGAGGAGGAGCUCACUGGCUCGUACAAUUGGGACUAUUUAUUAGACUGGGGACCCCAGUAUCAACCGCUGGCUCAUGUAUUCAGCGAGAUUGCUAGGCUAAAGGACGACGCCGCCAGCGUUCAAAGUGGAAAUUCCGGCAGUAGCGGCAAGACCAAGUCUGUACAUAAAGCACCACCGCCGCCGUUGCUCACGUCCGUCGCUCCAAGAUCGCUGGCGGCACCCGCGCUAGCGAGAGGAAUUCUACCGAGGUCGCCGAUCAGUCAUGAUGCCUCCACCUUCCCUUCCGCCGCACUGAGUCCAAGUUUCUCUCCCUCGUUAUCACCCUUGGCUACGAGAAGUCCCAGCAUCAGCCCUCUCGUACCACCCGCCACCCAGAGAUCCAGUCAAAGUGCCAACCGAGUGAUUCCUGUUGCUGACGGCGAACUGAGGAUCUGAGGAUAUCCCGAUUUUAAUCCGGUAUACUUCGCGUACAAGUUUUAGUGUUAAUCCAGUGAUGACUCGCGUCGGGAAAGCGAUAUCGGAUACGAUAUUAUACGCAGUGUCACGUAUAACGCGAAUAAUAUUUCUGUUAAUAUAUACGUUGUUGAAAUGCGAUUGAUCAAUGAAUAUAUGUAUAUUGCUCUCUCAGACUGUGCGAACAACGUAAUCCGCAGGUGUGGUAUUAACAAGUGAUUUUAAUUUAGUAAUUUCAAUUUGAUCGGCCACCGAGAGAAAUCGUGGCCAAAUCGUUUUCCCCGUCACGCGCAAACGCUACCUUCCCGCAAUUAAUUGUUAGUUAUUAAUUAUAUAAACUUUAUAGUUUCGAUUCACCGCGAGGAGCGGUACGAGCGACUGUGAGUGAAACAGAAAGCGAGAAAGCGGCGAUUGCGCCUUGACAAUUCCGUAUCUGCUAUGUAACACGGACGCGUUCUUCGUUCCGAUCGAUAGCUAACUGAAAGCAAGUACUUUCUGAACGGAAUAUUGUAAAUAUCCGCCGGCUGCGACGGCGUUUAGUCAUUAAGUAGCAUUGUAAAUAAUAAUCCAUGAAAAUAAACGACGAUGUUGUCAUAAUCAAAAAAGAUAGACUGUCUUUAUGUAAAAACCGGAAGCCGGAUGAUCGCGCCGUGCUCAUCGAGCCCACUCCGCGUGAAUGUGUACAGUAAAUCUAAUUUUAUAUAUGUCGAAUCGGUCGAUACUACGACGAACAUGGCGCUAUCAUCCGAGUUGAUAACGAAAACGCGCUAUCACGAGCGAACUGAUCACACACUGGAUUUCGUGACGGCGCAUCUCUAAAGGCAUCCAUAAUAUAACGUUCGUUGAUUUAAUUGUUACUUCGUCCCUGUCCCCCGAGCGCGAUUUCGAUGUAACGGGGGAUGGAAUCUCAGCCCGAUACAUAUAUAC